UUAAAAUCCUUCAAAACUAGGUGUAUACAAAAACGAAACAAAAGGGAGAGAAAGACAAGGAAAAGAAAAUUGUGGAUUCCCCCUUUGAAAUCUGAAAUCUUGAAAAAAUGGCAGAAAGCAAAGAACUUUACGAUGUGAAUGCAAAGUGGGAUGCAUAUCUUGAUCUGGGUCUUCGUCGAUUCGUUUACUCUUCUGCCACCGGCGCUCUUGCCGGCCUUCUUCUCUUCCGCUCCCCCGUGACACGCUGGGCAUCAAUUGCUUUUGGUGCAGGAGUGGGUAUUGGAUCUGCAUACUCAGAGUGCGCUCAGAAAUUUGAUGGUGUUGAUUCUAAGGAAUGACAUUACUGGAUUGGGUUCUUUGAGUCAAACUUUUCAGAGAUUGAAGUUUACGGAUAUCAGACAGUGUUGAUAUAAAGCUCCAAUAUCUCAAGAAUUUCAUUAACUCUACUAGUUUUUCUUUUUCUUUUUUUUUUUAAUUUUAUUUUGCGACUCCAAUCUUGAUUGGGUGCUCAGAUAAUUCUGAAAUGCUAGUAAUAAUCAAAGAAUAUGCACUCUUUGCACAAUGAUCUAUUUGUAACCACCUUUUUGCUUGUCCAGAAGUUAUCAAAAUAUGGUUGAAUCUACUACCAGUUGAGCUAA